AUGGCGUGUUUUGUCGCGAAUCUUCCCUUAUUUGCUCCUUGUCCUCCCCGUUCCUCCCAUUCCUCUCCGUCCCCCUCUACCUCCUUCCCGCCGCCGCUUCUCGAUCUCGCGGCUCGGGCCGUAGCUGCUAACGUCUCCGCACUUGCCGCUAAUCUCCGCGUCUUACCGCCGGGACUAGCGCGCCUCGUGUACUCCGUCCUCCCCCGACCCCUCGAGCUCGCCGCAAUAGACGCCUUCGCUCGCGCUGGCUUCUGGCAGCCCGAAUACCUCAACCUCACUGGCGACUUAUCUAAACAGCAUCCUGCGAGAUUUCUGGCGGGAUUUCCGGCGAGUUUUCCGGCGCGGUUCCCGCUGGAAAGACUAGCUGCGUUCGCGUCGUCGCUGCGUCGCGUGAAUCUGAGCGACAGUCGCUUUCUCACGGUCCUCAAGCCGCUAAGCGCGCUGCCUCGCCUCUCCUGCCUUGGGAUUGCCGCGUGCACGUCUCUCCACCAAUCAGCUCUCAGCAUGCUCUGCUACCUCCCGUCGCUCACAUGUCUUGACCUCUCCCACAACCCUCAAGUCAACAACGCCACUGCCUCUGCUGUCAUCCCCUGGAUUGGUUCUCUGCGGCAUUUGGACCUCAGUCGCACAGCAGUCACCGCCUCGUUCCUCGAUUCACUCACCUAUGGUGCGCGGCUAAAGGGGUGGCGGGACAACGCUCAGGAAGCUUCUCGGAAGUCGGAAGCGCGGAAGGCAGCCAAGCGCCCGUGCGCUACGGUGCCCCUGGACGGCAUGUUCUGUCUGGACUUGAGAGACUCGCGGGUGAAAGGCGACGUGCUGAGCAGGCUUAGAUCUACUUUCCAUCUGCUCUCUCCACCCAAUGAGCCUCGGCUUCUCUGCCGAACCAACGCCCUUGCUCUCAACAUCCUCAGAACCUACCCAGGCCCGGCAUCCGAACCUAGCCAUCGAGCUGGCAGCUCUGGCAACCAUGCCUUGGCAACUGAGCGACAGACCGCCAUGGACGGAAGGCAUCACCAAAGACAUGGCUCCGCGGGCGGAGGCGCGGGGCGGCAGGAGGGGAACCUGUGGGGGCAGGCGCGGAGCGUAUUUAUGAGCGCAAUACUGGCGGAGCCUCCCCCGGAGAUACGCAGAGAAGUUGUUACUCGUCCCACAAUCAGCACCAGCACAGUCAGCGGCACAGACGCCCUGACAACGCUGCUGGCAGGCAAUGACAUCCGUAUAGUGCGCCGCCGAGACACUGCCGCUUCUGCUGCUGCUGCUGCUGCUUCUGCUGGUGGUAAUGGUGGCGCUGCUGGUGCUAGUGGUGGGGAGGGCGGGCGGGGAAGAGGGGCCAACGGGGGCGUGGGGAGGGGGACAGGGGGAGGCGGAGGAAGGGGAGGGGAGGAUGGGAAGGAGAGGGGAGGAGAGAGGGGAGGGGUGAGUGAGGAGGAGAAGGAGGCACUGUUUGCGAUGGCUGCUCGGCACGAGUGGAUGUCGUAUUUGAGGGAGGAGAUUCUGCUGCUGCAUGUGAGUGAGAGCUUAUCUGCGCUCAUCUGCUCUCAUAACACCUACUCUCGUAACACCUGCUCUCAUAACACCUGCUCUCAUAACACCUGCUCUCAUAACACCUGCUCUCAUAACACCUGCUCUCAUAACACCUGCUCUCAUAACACCUGCUCUCAUAACACCUGCUCUCAUAACACCUGCUCUCAUAACACCUGCUCUCAUAACACUUGCUCUCAUAACACCUGCUCUCAUAACACCUGCUCUCAUAACACACUGCUCUCAUAG